AUGACACUGCAGUCAGAGUCGCUUCGACGCAAAGGCCUACACAAGAAUCAACAACAGAGGGCAGCCAAGCACACAGUAACCACCAGUGAGAGAACCACAACACCACACAGCACCAACAGUAAGCACCACACUCCACCCACAGCCCAGUGGUGGCUCCAACAGAAGCCCAGCACAUGCACAGUGCCACCCCACGCAACAACCAACAACAAAACACUUAAGGGGCGGCGCACAGUCACGCACACAGCAAGGCCCAGGCACCAAGAGAAGACAUUACCCCACACCCACAACAGCAGCAAACCACACUGA